GGGGAGCAGCAGCGCCGCCGCCGCCGCCUCGGCCGCCGCCGCCACGGCCGCCGACAUGGAGGAGCAGUUGGUGGUAGAGGUGCGCGGCUCCAACGGGGCCUUCUACAAGGCAUUUGUGAAGGAUGUACAUGAAGAUUCAAUAACUGUUGCGUUUGAGAAUAACUGGCAGCCAGAGAGACAGAUUCCAUUCCAUGAUGUCAGGUUUCCUCCACCUACGGGGUACAAUAAAGAUAUAAAUGAAAGUGAUGAAGUCGAGGUUUAUUCCAGGGCUAAUGAAAAGGAACCCUGUUGCUGGUGGCUGGCGAAAGUGAGAAUGAUAAAGGGUGAGUUUUAUGUAAUAGAAUAUGCGGCUUGUGACGCUACCUACAAUGAAAUUGUCACAAUUGAACGUUUAAGAUCUGUGAAUCCCAACAAACCUGCAACAAAGGAUACUUUUCAUAAGAUCAAACUUGAUGUGCCAGAAGAUUUAAGGCAAAUGUGUGCUAAAGAAUCUGCACACAAGGACUUCAAAAAGGCAGUUGGGGCAUUCUCUGUAACGUAUGAUUCUGAAGCCCAUCAGCUUAUCAUUUUGUCAAUCAAUGAAGUAACAACAAAACGUGCAAAUAUGCUCAUUGAUAUGCACUUUCGAAGUCUUCGCACCAAGUUAUCGUUGAUAAUGAGAAAUGAAGAAGCAAGCAAACAGCUAGAGAGUUCAAGGCAGCUUGCUUCACGAUUUCAUGAACAGUUUGUUGUACGUGAAGAUCUAAUGGGUCUGGCCAUUGGUACUCAUGGUGCUAAUAUUCAGCAAGCCAGGAAAGUGCCAGGUGUGACAGCUAUCGACCUUGAUGAAGACACUUGUACAUUCCAUAUUUAUGGGGAGGAUCAAGAUGCAGUGAAAAAGGCAAGAAGUUACCUUGAAUUUGCUGAAGAUGUCAUCCAAGUCCCAAGAAACUUAGUAGGAAAAGUUAUAGGAAAAAAUGGAAAACUCAUUCAGGAGAUCGUGGAUAAAUCAGGCGUUGUGAGAGUGAGAAUUGAGGCUGAAAAUGAUAAAAAUAUUCCACAGGAAGAGGCGUUAGUUGUGUCAUCAACCGUAGCAGGGAGAAAGCAAAAACCUGAACUCAAAACUUGGCAGGGAAUGGUCCCGUUUGUCUUUGUGGGAACCAAGGACAGCAUCACCAACGCAACUGUUCUUUUGGACUAUCACCUCAAUUAUUUAAAGGAAGUGGAUCAACUACGUUUGGAGAGAUUGCAAAUUGAUGAACAGCUUCGACAGAUCGGGGCCACUUCUAGACCACUACCAAACCGCACAGAUAAAGAAAAAGGAUAUAUGACUGAUGAUGGCCCAGGCCUUGGAAGAGGCAGCCGACCCUACAGAAACAGAGGGCACAGUAGGCGUGGUCCAGGCUAUGCUUCGGGAACUAACUCUGAAGCAUCAAAUGCUUCUGAAACAGAGUCCGAUCACAGAGAUGAGCUUAGCGACUGGUCGUUAGCCCCGGCAGAAGAAGAACGUGACAGCUACCUUCGCAGAGGAGAUGGGCGAAGGCGAGGCGGAGGUUCACGUGGUCAAGGAGGAAGAGGUCGGGGAGGUUUCAAAGGAAACGAUGAACAGUCGAGGACUGAUAACCGUCAACGUAAUUCAAGAGAUACUAAAGGGAGAACAGCGGAUGGGUCACUUCAGAUCAGAAUUGACUGCAAUAAUGAAAGGAGUGUCCACACUAAAACGUUACAGAAUACCUCCAGCGAAGGUAACAGGAUGCGCACGGGUAAAGAUCGCAACCAGAAGAAAGAGAAGCCGGACAGCGGAGAUGGUCAGCAACCCUUGGUGAAUGGAGUACCCUAAGCGGCAUAGUUUGAGAAGUCAUUUUUUCCUAAACUGUUUCAGUAAAUCUUAUUCCACAUUAGAGAAACUUGUUAGGCCAAAGACAAAUAGGCAAGAUGGCGCAGGGCAUGAAAUGAAUAUGAAAAGUUCUGUUAGCCUUUUUUAACAUCAGCAGUAUGCAGGGUUUUUUUUUUUCCAAAAUAAGACGUUAUACUUGCAUUAAAUAUCUUGAACUUCUGAAAAAAAUGCUUUCAAGUACAUAUUGCACUUCAAACAAUGAGAGAGUCCUUUUGAUUGUUUUAAAAAUACUGAACUGUGCAUUGGUAUUUCUGUUCAGUUGUACCAUUUUAACGCAUCUGGUCAAAAUCACUGCUAAAUUUCAAUUUUCAGAAUAAAUAGUGUUUGCGGUAAUCAAAUUGGGCUUCUGUUUUCAAUCUAUUAAAAGUUCCUCUUUUUAAAAAUUGAGAAGCUACGUUUUAUGUCCUGUGUCAGUUCACAUUUUGGUUCACUUUUUCAGUAUUUUAGUGAACCUGGAUAUAUGUGUAAUGUAACUAAAUUGUCAUUUUCAUUAGCAAAAAGUUGUAUGAUCUGUGCCUUUUUUAUAUCUUGGCAGGUAGGAAUACUAUAUUUGGAUGCAGAAAUCAGGGAAGAUGAGUUGGAAACACUAAAUGUACAAUAUAUGUAGCAAACCUUCUCCAACAAUUAGUACUUUAUUAGAAGAAUGCAUGCUUUCCAUAAUUUUUUCCUUGCAUAAACAUCAACUUAGGCAGUUUAUAAGAAUAGGAAACUUACUUUGCACUGAAGAUAAUGGCAGAUUGUGUUACUGAGAUGGUGUUUUUUGUUUUGUUUUCCUUUUUAGACAGGACAAAAGUUUUUUAAUGCAUAUUUCCAUUUGUGAUAAACUAAAACAAUUCAUGGUUACCGAGGGAACAAAUUGUAACUUGUUCAUAAGCUAAUAGUGUGUGCCUGCUGUUUGGCCAGAGGACCAAUUUAAAAGAAUAGCUUUCUUUUCAGUUCCCCUACAGUUUUUGGUAUUUAAAUUCGGAACUUAUCUCCGAUGAGAUAGGCAAAUGUAUAUGACUCCUAGUAAAAUUCAGGGAUAGUGUAGUUUGACAGCAUUGGAAAUAGAACAGUCUUUAUAUAAGGUCUCAUUCACAAGUAGAUUCAAAACAUGUAACUGAAGUUGGUGUAAAGUUUAGUUGCCCAGAACCAGGGGAUGGUGGAUGCUUUCUAUUCCUGAUCAUGAACGAAAUUUACUUGCAAAAAAAAAAAAAAAAAGUGCAGUAGACCUUCUUUUUAAGCUAUUCUAUUUUUAUUAAAUUUGCUCCAGUAGGAGUGUUGCUGAUUAUGUACAGAGUUGUACAAACUUGGCCCCUGUCUGUGUGGUGCGUUUUUUGUUUCUCUGCUUUUCUCAUUUUAUUUUUUUCCUUGCAUACAAGCAAGCAUAUAAAAAUGGCAACGAGCUGCACACAACUUAACAAAUAUUAAAAAAAAAGUCUUAAAUAUUGCCAAACAUUAAGUGUUGAUUUCUAGUUAUUUAUUUUUGGGGGAAUGUAUAGUAUUUCAAAACUGAAAUUGGUACCUUGCACACAUCAUCUGUAAGCUGUUUGGUUUAAAAUACUGUAGAUAAUUAACCAAGGUAGAACGACCUUGUAAUGUAACUGCUCUUGGGCAAUAUUUUCUGUACAUAUUAGCUACAACAGAUUGGAUUUUAUGUUGACAUUUGUUUGGUUAUAGUGCAAUAUAUUUUGUAUGCAAGCAGUUUCAAUAAAGUUGGAUCUUCCUCUGCUGA